AUGCCUGUCGGCUCGCCGCCCGCGUCGCCCGCGGCAGGCCCGCAUGGCGCGCUGCUCGAUGGCAGCCCGCUCAGUACGCCUUGGACAGACUGCGACCAGCGCGGCUCCCUCUGCGACGCCGAGAAGCUCCGCUUCGACUUUGCGUACCCCAAGCCGCUCACUGCCGAGCAGCUCGCCGCCGUGCAGGCGCAAGUCAACUCGCAGAUCGGCGCCGACCUCGAGGUGCACACGUCGACGGUCGCGCUCGAGCAGGCGAUGGCGAUCAACGGGCUCCGCGCCGUCUUUGGCCAGCAGUGCCGCACCGCCCACGGGGCUGACCCCGCAUUGGGUUCGAUCCUGCGGAGCGACUGGUGCGGCCCCAGCGAGCUACUCGACAAGACUCGUGCGGCCUCGGCCGUGCUCGCUUCCUUCCCCGUGCUCGCUUCCUUCCCCGCCUUUCCGCAGCUCUUGUAG